AUCUGUUCCUCACAGGAGAGAGAGUGUGAGAGAGAGAUAUAUAGAGAGAGAGACAGAGAGAGCAAGAGGGUGGAAUAUCCAUUCUGUGUGUGACAGGAAAACUGAAUAAAAAAACUGAAAGUCUAGUAACAACAUAUGACAACCAAACAGAGGGACCCUGAAAAGUGAGAACAGGUUAAGAAACCCACUGGAGAACAUCCUUAUUUGGAUUACGUCUGCUCACCUGAUUUCACUUCCUGUCUCCAUCGGUGACAACGCCUACCAACCGUUGCCAUGGGCGAAAUGGAGGAGCUGCGAAAGGAGGCGGACAACCUCAAAGAUCAGAUCACUGAGGCCCGAAAGGUAGUGCAGGACACCACCCUGCAGGAGGCGGUUGCUGGGACGACGCUGGUGGGGCGUGUCCAGCUGAAGACCAGGAAGACGCUGAGGGGUCACCUGGCCAAGAUCUAUGCCAUGCACUGGGGCACUGACACCAAGUUGUGUGUCAGUGCUUCUCAAGAUGGAAAGCUGAUAGUGUGGGACACCCUGACCACCAACAAGGUGAACGCCAUCCCUCUGAAGUCCUCGUGGGUGAUGACGUGUGCCUACGCGCCCUCAGGGAACAUGGUGGCGUGUGGCGGUCUCGACAACAUGUGCUCCAUCUACAACCUCAAGGGCAAGGACGGCAACGUCAAGGUCAUGCGUGAGCUGGCCGCACACACAGGUUACCUGUCCUGCUGUCGUUUCCUUAACGACAGUGAGAUCAUCACCAGCUCUGGCGACUGCACCUGUAUUCUAUGGGACAUCGAGACAGGGACAGAGAAGACCAUCUUCGCGGGCCACUUGGGUGACUGCAUGUCCCUGGCCGUGUCCCCCGACUUCAAGAUGUUCAUCUCGGGGGCGUGUGACUUCACAGCCAAACUGUGGGACAUCAGGGAAGCCACCUGCAGACAGACGUUCAGCGGCCACGAGAGUGACAUCAACGCCAUCGGGUUCUUCCCCAAUGGUAAUGCGGUUAUAACGGGCUCAGACGAUGCCACCUGUAAGCUGUAUGACCUGAGGGCAGACCAGGAGCUCAUCACCUACCAGGACUCGGGCAUCAUGUGUGGGGUGACCUCCCUCGCCGCGUCCCUCUCUGGCAGACUUCUCCUAGCCGGAUACGAUGACUUCAACGUCAACAUCUGGGACAUGCUUAAAGCCGAGAGAGUGGGAGUGCUGGCUGGUCAUGACAACAGGGUGAGCUGCAUCGGAGUAUCCUCGGACGGAAUGGCAUGCUGCACAGGUUCCUGGGACAGCUUCCUGAAGAUAUGGAACUGAGCCAGUCCUCUAGAGAACAGAGAACGAAAGACUAAGAGGAGAUAGAAGGGUAUCAUGAAAAACUGGUAGAUUGAAGAGGGGGGGGGGGGGGGGGGGGACUAGGAAGUUGUGGGUUAAAGAAGUUAUAUUUUAUUGUGCCAAGUCUUAUUCGAUUUGAUAGGAUUAUGAUGAGAAAGUCUCGUCUCUUCCUACUUCUAACUCAAGUUUAGAGUUGGGCGGGUGGGGGACUUUCGUAGAAAAACAUGAUUGUUGCAUCAAUGAAGGAAUGAUUUGUCAAGGUUAAAAACGGAAUUCUAGCGUUAUAGGAAAUGCAGGAAAAUAUUCAUGUCAAAAGGAGCAGUUGUCAAAAUGGAAACGAUAUACUUGGAUGAAAUAACAGGAUAAGAUAAAAAAAAUAAAACCACUGAUAGUUAUUGUAAACCUACAGUCUAGGUUGUUACAUACUUUUAUAUGCAAGGAGAGUUAAAAUGUUGUCAGAUGAAUGUGUAAGCAGUAAAAUGUGUCGAACGGAUGUUUGUUAGAAUUCCCUUGUUAGUUCCGGGUUUUUUCCCCCUUAUAUUUCUAGAGUCACAUUUGAUGACAUUUUUUUUUAGCUUGCAGAUUUCUACAUUAGUGUUUGUCUGAAAGUUGACGUAUGUACAUGUUUACCAUGAGUUGGGGUCUAAUCUUUUGGCCUACUUCCCAAUGGCUGGACAGAUGGGAUGAUAAUAUCUAUUAUGGUGGACAGACAAAAGAAAAAAGGCAGCUGUACAAAAACCACAACAUUUCAUAUUCGUCAGAAGACUGGAGGAACCUUGCCUGGUUGUGCAUAUCUAAGUGACAGUAACGGCUACACACGUGGUUUGUUUUACCACCUGUUGUGCAAGUGAAACAUAACAGCGACUUUGUACAGCACAAUAUCUCAAUGUGAAGUGAUUACGUUUCUUUCCAAUGGCAUCACACACAAGUGACAAGUUGGACAGCCUUUCUAUACCAUCAGAACAGACUGUGCAUAUAGUAAAUCAUUCAUUUAAAUUUGUCAAGCCCUUUUCUUAAGGUGCUAAGUAAAGCCAUACCUUACAACUAAUAAAAAUGUACCCCCCCUUAUAGGUGUAUUCUAUUUAACACAAAAAUAGAUUUAAAGCAAAUUUAUUUACAUAAAAAGGACAGGAUAGCAAAUACAAUGAUACGGACACUUGAAAUAAAGACAAAUCAUAUCGAUGGCACUUCCAAAAACAAUGUACACAUUAUAAUUUGUUAGCAGUUUGAAAAAGUCAGUUAAAAAGAGACUGUACACUUUAAAAAAGGCUUGUUAUUAGACAGAUCGAAAAAUGGCAAGAUUCUAUACACUGGCCAGUUAGUGUUUGUGCAUGUUCCUCUGCAACAUCCAUCUAUGGGUUCUCCUUGUCCAUGGACACAGUCAGGACUCUCCGGUCCAUCUGACCCAGCCUCUGUCUGUCUGGGGUGGACACCUUCAGCUUCAUCUGAUGGGCAGAGAGGGAAGAGAGAGACAGACCAGAGGUUUAAAAACAGAUUGUUCAUUUUCCCCUGACCCACCAAAUAGAGAAAUCCUGUUCCUUAGGCUUUAGUGUGCAGACAUGAAAGAAUGAGAUAUCGAUGCAAGCACAUGUGCAGAUAGUUCCCUGAGGGAAAAGUGUGUGUACAUUAGGGCUGGCACAAUUACCGUAUAACAGACCGUUAUGGAUGACGACAGUCAUGAAAUUAAAAUAUGUUUCUCUUCAAAAAAACAUUUAUUCGUAUUAUUUAGAAACGAAUAACAUGUCCCAAGUAACAUGGGCUCUUUUACAACGUGAUGAAACUUUGUUGCUCCUUGCUGAAAUAAGCAAGGUCUUGUAGCACAGAAAAUGGGCUUGCAACCUCUGACCCCGGCAAUUUGACUGUUGAACCGAUUGGUAAAUACACAAUGGCUGCCUGGUAUUGUCAUGCGAUAAUUUCCAUGG